GAAAAAAUUGACUUGUCAUUCCCGGUUCUACAAUAACAAUAAAUCAACUGUGAAGUGAUUUUUCGUUUUUCAAUUCGGCUUGGAGUCCAAAUUGUUACACAGAUUUUUGCUCGAGUUAUUAUUCAAGUUAUGACCACCGGAUUAGCCAGCUUUUCAAGCAUGCUUAAUUUUGGAAGAAAAUGUGUCGCUGCACCGGUAUCGGCGGUUCGUCUGAUGUCAGUCGCAGCUCAGCCAAGAGAGAGCUCGACUCCAAAGGCAAAGACAGGUAUUCUGAUGCUCAACAUGGGUGGACCACAAACUACAGAUCAAGUUCACGACUAUUUGUUACGUAUCAUGACCGACAGAGACAUGAUACAGUUGCCAGUUCAAAGUCAGCUUGGCCCGUGGAUUGCCAAACGACGCACCCCCGAAGUGCAGAAAAAGUACAAUGAGAUCGGCGGUGGAUCUCCUAUUUUAAAAUGGACCAACAUCCAAGGAGAACUUAUGUGCAAGCAGCUGGAUACAGUCUCCCCCGAGACUGCGCCGCACAAGCAUUACGUUGGCUUUCGAUACGUCGAUCCACUGGUCGACGAUACUCUCAAACAAAUCGAAGAGGAUGGCAUCGAGCGCACUGUCAUAUUUUCACAGUAUCCACAAUACAGCUGCGCCACUUCCGGAUCUAGUUUCAAUUCAAUCUACGAUUAUUACAAAAAUAGGAAAGUACCCAGCAACAUGAAAUGGAGUAUAAUCGAUAGAUGGGCUUUGCAUCCACUUCUAAUUAAAACCGUCGCUGAAAGAGUCAAGGAACAGUUGGUACAAUUCCCAAGCGAUGUGAGGAAGGAUGUACUCAUACUUUUCUCUGCUCACUCACUUCCUCUUAAAGCGGUCAACCGAGGAGACGCUUACCCUUCGGAAGUGGGGGCUACUGUUCAACUGGUUAUGCAAGAGUUGAAACAUUCUAAUCCCUACAGUAUGGUUUGGCAAUCAAAGGUCGGUCCUCUACCCUGGUUGGCACCAUUCACCGACGACGCUUUGAAGGGUUACGUUAAACAAGGGAGAAAACAUUUCAUCCUAGUGCCAAUCGCCUUUGUCAAUGAACACAUAGAGACACUUCAUGAAAUGGACAUCGAGUACUGUCACGAUUUGGCUAAGGAGCUCAGAAUUGAGACUAUUCGCCGAGCAGCCGCGCCCAAUGAUCAUCCGAUAUUCAUCGAUGCUCUGACAGACAUCGUCGCCUCACACCUGAAGUCUAAUCAACCGAUAAACCCCAAGUUCCUGACACGGUGUCCCCACUGCGUAAAUGCGAGAUGCGGUUAUAGCAAAUCCUGGUUCGCAGAGCUGUGCAAAGUCUAAACCGAGGAUUUCUAGAGUGAUGUGAAUUAUGUGAAGUAAGAACAUGCCCAAUCUAAAGCCACAAAAAAUUCAAUUCGCUGAAUAAAUUCUUGAAGUAAGCUGCAGCUUCUUGAGUAGCAAGGCUAAGUUUGUAACAAUAAAAUAACUGUAGAAGUUUUUAACUUCAGUUUA